AGAACCAACCAUUCAUAAAAAUGAAUCUAUGUUUAGGAGGUUGAGGUUGUCUUAGAAAAUUGUUUGGGUAGAAUUUAUUUUUUGGAUAAAAUUAAAAGUCUGUCUUGGAUCAAAUAUAUUUAUAUCAUUUACUUGGUUUGAAACAUACCCCCGACUGAUGGCGGUUGCUGAAAAAAUUAUCUUAAUUUUUUAUCAAGCGCAUCUUUUUGUCACGUGCAAAUUCACCGGGUAUGGGGACAAUAUAGUUGCAGAAAUAUACACAAGCUAUUGCCUCAGCUACUGCUAAACUGCCGCUAGAGGCUUGGAGAUAGCGCCCAGAACUGCUCGCCAGAGGCUGUGUCAUAACUGAUUAUCUCUUCAAGCACUAGACUUAUAUCGAAGAUAACAUUUAUCCAAAAAACGAAGGAACAACACUUUAAACCUUAUCGCGAAUAAUUUACGACGAUCGCAGCAGCAAGACUCAACAUAUUGCGUUGUUAUCAGUUGUUGCAGUAAACAGUUUUUUCCAUUCCAGAAUGGGAUGAAUAUUUUGAAUUUCCAUCCACCUACCAACCUAUUAUGAAUCUGGAGAUGCAGGCCAAAGCGAUAUGAUUUAUCCUAGAAAUUAGCGCCUCAUGACGCGCUCCUCGCCGGCAAAUGUGAUGAUGUUGCGAAUAUCGAUUUUAGCAGAAAGCUCUGUUGUCGAUCACGCCUCGUUAGCUUGUUACGUUUUCGGGCUGUUAAUUGUGUGUGGGAGUGCUGAUUUAGCAUAACAAACCCCCUUCCUCAACCCCAACAGUAUCACGGAAAACGAUGAUAAUUGCCGAUCAAAUCUGCUGUUGUUUGUCAUGGGGCCGGGCGAGAGAAACAGAUGAUCCUGUUUUGAUCGAAAUAAAUAUAAAUGGACAAGCUCUGGUUCGCCGCAAUACCAGUACUUCGUCGGUCUCAAAGAUACGGGUCGGGUUACUUUAUCUGACAAGUAUAGUGCGGAAAUUUUGUGCAAGAAAAUGGAAACCGAUCACGAGCAUACCGACUAUGAAAACAACAUAGUGAAUGAGAAGUGCAAAAGCAUUCCACCUCAACAGCGGGAAGCUUUCGUGAAGCUGCUUGCGAAUUUCAUAAGACAACGUGACUCGGACAAAAAACAUGCUGAAGAUAUGCUUUUCGACAUGUUCAAAAAUGAGGAAACGGGACUGUUGAAUAUUGGGAAGUUUCUGGCGGCCCUUCGAACCACCGGAAUUCGUAGGAAUGAUCCUCGCAUCGGUGAGAUGAUGGAAAACUUGAAAAAGGUGCACAAACUGAACAACUAUGACGGCGGAUCGCCACUGACGCAGAACCUGAACAAGGAAACCUUCAAAGCAGUUAUUUCGCCGAACAUUGUGCUCAUUGCGCGGGCCUUCCGACAUCAGUUUGUUAUUCCUGACUUUCAGGGAUUCACCAAGGAUAUCGAGGAAAUCUACUGGAAGUGUAAGAGCAAUACCGAUGGCAAGGUUGCCAGUUAUAUUCCUCAGUUGGCUCGGGUGAAUCCGGACUUUUGGGGAGUGAGUGUUUGCACGGUUGAUGGUCAGAGAUUCUCGAUUGGAGAUUCGAGCGUACCUUUUACCUUGCAAAGUUGUAGUAAACCGUUGACCUAUGCGAUUGCGCUAGAAAAGUUGGGAUCUGACGUCGUUCAUCAGUACGUUGGACAAGAACCGAGUGGUAGAAACUUCAAUGAACUGGUGUUGGAUUACAAUAAGAAACCACACAAUCCUAUGAUCAAUGCGGGUUCAAUUUUGACUUGCUCGCUGCUGAAGACUCUGGUUCAUCCGGAGAUGACAUUGGCGGAAAAAUUCGAUUAUACACAGAACUGGUUCAGCCGUAUGGCUGGAGGCGAUGCGCUCGGAUUCAAUAAUGCGGUGUUCCUAUCGGAAAGAGAAGCUGCCGAUCGAAACUAUGCGCUAGGAUUCUACAUGCGCGAGCACAAAUGUUAUCCGGAGAAAGCGAAUCUUCGAGAGUGUAUGGAUUUCUACUUCCAGUGUUGCUCAAUGGAAACCACGUGCGAUUCGAUGUCCAUUAUUGCUUCUACCCUGGCGAACGGAGGUAUCUGUCCAUUGACGGAAGAAAAGAUUCUUCAGUCUGAGAACGUUCGAGAUGUCCUCUCACUGAUGCAUUCCUGUGGCAUGUACGAUUUUUCGGGAGAGUUUGCCUUCAAAGUUGGCCUUCCUGCUAAGUCCGGAGUAUGCGGUGGAGUAAUGUUGGUUAUCCCGAAUGUGAUGGGUAUCUUCAUGUGGUCCCCGCCUUUGGACCCGAUCGGCAACAGUUGCCGAGGUGUGCAGUUCUGCGAGGAGCUUGUUAAUAUCUUUAACUUCCAUUUGUACGAAAAUAUCAAGCAUGGUUCCGACAAAAAAGAUCCGCGCCGUCAUCGGUACGAAACCAAAGGAUUGUCGGUGGUGAACCUGCUCUUUUCGGCCGCCAGCGGAGAUGUUACAGCACUUAGAAGACAUAAACUAUCGGGAAUGGACAUUACCUUGUCCGAUUACGACGGCAGAACAGCGCUCCACCUGGCUUGUUCCGAGGGACACAUCGACUGUGUUAAAUUCCUGCUGGAGCAUUGUGGCGUUCCCCACGAUGCGAAGGAUCGAUGGGGUAACCGACCGAUUGAUGAGGCGGAAACUUUCGGACAUACGGCAGUGGUUGACUUCCUCAAGGCUUGGGAUGAGAAGGUUGAGAUGGCUAAGAAACUAGGUAGCGAAACAGGAUACAACUCAGAUCAGGAUAGUGUAAAAAGCGAUUCCACUGGAAAGAGCGAAUCUACCGACAUUUUGAAGUAAUGAACUAGUUAAAGUACAAGUAGAAAACAUUUAAAAUUGUCCAUUGUACGGAUGCGAAGCUAUCAUAAACAUUUAUUCAAAAACUAGACAAAACCAGUCAAACGGUAAUAUGAAGACAAUAAUUCAUUGUGACCUAAUGCUUUAUCCGUAGCCCAUUGUAUGUUCUAUGUUUACUGUUUCGAGUAUAUUUGAAACAUUUUUCAGGUUUUGGCUUUCUGCUGACUGGAGCGUUAACGUCAGAUUGAUUAAAAACAUCACAUUAAAUAGAAAAUUUUUAUUCUCAAAUAAUAGAAAAUGUAGUUUUUCAAAUAGUUUGUUAGAGCACACAUAUUUUAGUAGGCAAAAAUUUGAAAAAAAAUCUUAACCAUAGCAACAUUGAAAUCGUUUGCGUUUAUGAGAUUUAUCUCAAAGCUAGCUUAAGUUGAAAUAAUUCUUCAAUAUUGAGUUUUAUUUUUUGUUUUAAUGAUCCGGUCAGUCAGUUCGCUUGAUUACGCACACCUGCCUAUACUAAAAGAUACUGAAAGAGGUGUCAAUUAUCUAUUACAAAUGUCCAGACAGAUUAGUAUUAAGUUGAGACUUGAAGUGAUGUUCCACUCUGUGAAUUUUAUCAGUGUAGUUAAUGAAUCGUGUGAAAAUAAAUGACG